AUGGCAUAUAUCCCUGAUGUUGAAGAUGAUAUGAAACCAAAAGAUGGACAGCAAUUCGAGUCAUUGGAUGCAACAUACAAGUUCUACAAUGAUUAUUCAUUUAAGGCUCGAUUUAGUGUCAGAAAAAGUAAGGAGAUGAAGAGGAAGGGAAUAACUUUCAAUGAGGAACACAACCAUCCCCCUACAACACCAAGCAAAGUUCAUUUGUUAAGAUCACAGCGUACUGUGUCUACUGCAAACAAGAAUCUGAUACAAGACUUGAGGCGGGUGGACAUUCCUAUAUACCAGCAAUUUGAAUUAUUCGAGACACAAGAUGGUGGGCAUGCAAAUGUUGGCUGCACUGAGAGAGAUUUAAGAAAUGUGGUGCGAGAUGAGAGAGAAGAAGUCAAGGGUCAUGAUGUUGACAUUUUAUAUGAGCACUUCAAAGCUGAGCAAGAGAAGGAUCCAGCAAUGCCAAAAAGUGCCCCGAAUGUUAUUAUCACCGAUCAAGAUCAAGCAAUGAGUAAGGCAAUUGCUCAUGUUUUGCCAAACACAAUUCACAGGUAUUGUGUGUGGCAUAUUCUAAAGAAAUUUCCGGAGAAGACUAACGUAGCUUUUAUGCAAGAUUACUAUGAACUUUUCAAGACAUGUAUAUGGGAUUCGGAGUGUCCAGAAGAAUUUGAAAAGAGAUGGUUUGAAGCAUUGGAAAAAAGUCAGCAAACAAAUAAUGAAUGGUUAGAAAAGAUGUAUGAACUGCGUGGCAGGUGGAUUCCAGCAUAUGUAAAUAAAUACUUUUCAGCAGGGAUGUCAAGCAGCCAAAGAGUAGAAUCUGCACAUGCAUUCUUCAAGCGUUAUUGUGAUAAAGAAAACAGCUUGAUGGAUUUUGUCACGCGUUUCAAUAGGGCAGCUGCACAUCAGAGACAUGAAGAAUUGGUUGAUGACCAUAAAGAUUUGAAUGAGACACCAAAUUUGAAAUUAGGGAUGCCAAUAGAGGUCCAAAUGUCUCAAUUGUAUACCAAAAAAUACUUUCAGUACUUUCAAGCUCAGCUUCAUGAUAGUAAUGGUUAUAUCGUAAAUGCCGUAAUGGAAGAUAACAGUCAUUGUGUUUACAAUACUGAAAGGGUGUUUGCUCAAAACUUAAGGAUGCGGACGCUUGUACAUUAUAGGUAUCAAACAUAG